CCGCGCUCAGCUUGCGCUCCCAGUCAUGCAGGAACAUAGUCGAGGGUCAGAAUGAAGAAGACGCUACUAUUGUGCUUUAUCCACGGUUUCCAGGGCGGCGAAGACACAUUUGCCAACUUUCCUUCGCACCUCAAGGCUAUUCUACAGCAUGCGCUGCCCAAGGUUACGGUCCACGCGAUUACGUAUCCGAAGUUUGAGACUAGGGGAGAUUUGCAUGAGUGUAUCGCGAGAUUUAAGGAAUGGCUUCAGAACAAAGUCAUAGACCUCGAGGUCGCCAACCAAACCCCCUCCCCGACUGUGGACCCCUCUGUCCGCACAAUCCUUGUGGGGCACUCCAUGGGCGGCAUAGUAGCUGCAGAAACACUCAUAUCUAUUGUUAACGAGCAACCUAUACACUCCCUCAACAACUCGACCUCCCAUUCCGCCUCCUCACUCCCUGACCCCUCGCAACUGAUGUUUCCGUUCAUUCAAGGCAUCCUAGCAUUCGAUACACCAUACUUGGGCAUCGCGCCAGGUGUAGUAGCGCAUGGAGCGGAAACCCAUUGGAAAACUGCGAGUUCGGCGUACUCCGCCUACUCGAGCGUUGCUAGUACGUUCGGAUGGGGUGCAAAGAAUCCCGAGGCUGGAGCUGUGGGUGCAAGCAAGAUGCUACCAGCGCCAGAGACAGCCGCAAAAGCCGUCAACGACACGAAUGCCGAUGCUGCCGCAGCACCCUUAUGGCAAAAAUAUGGGAGAGUCGCACUCUUCGCCGGGGCCGCCGGAGCCGUUGCGGCUGGCGGUGCCGCCGCAUAUAUGAAGAGGGAGCAAAUCACCGAGGGUUGGAGUUGGGCAUCCUCACAUUUAGAAUUCGUGGGCAGUCUAGCGCGGCCGGAAGAGUUAAAAAAGCGCCUCAAUAGCAUUACUAAAAUCUCUGCGCGCCAGGACGUAGGCUUUACGAAUAUCUACACCUGUCUUGGUCACGCUGUUGAAGCGAAAAGCAAAGCCUCGUGGACUGGGCAAGUUCUUGGAGCUGACCGAACAUUCUGUAAUCUCCCAAAAGGUGAACAUAAGAAGUUCUUCUUCCCAGCUAUCAACGAUAAGAGUACUACGGAGACCUGGGCGCAUAUGAGUAUGUUCGAGCCGAGGAAUAAUCCGGGGUAUUAUGCAAUGAGUGAGAAAGCAAAGGAGACGAUCGUGGGCUGGAGUAUGAAUGAAUGGUAUCAGGAGAGUGAGGGGCGGACGCAAGAUAUCAAUAUUGAUGAGGAGGGGGAGAUGGUGGAAAAGCCAGAGGUCGAGGAUGAAGAGUUUGAGGACGUGAAGAGGCCAGCUAGUACGGAGCCUUGGAGGACGGAUGAACUCUGAGGAGAGCUUGGCUUACUUGAUGGAUAUGAUAAUAAUUCACGGCUGCUAUCGCGAUCGAUGGGCUGGAAUGGAAUAGGGGCGUUGGAAUUUUGGCGAUGGUAUACCCAUUGUACUGUUCUUCCUAGAACAAUGCAUCGUCUUUCCUCCUUCUAGCGAAGCGUCAAUAGUAUUUUCUCCUCGAGGAUUUUAGUCGACUUUGUGUAUUUGUCAUC